GUCACGUUCUGCUCUAUGAGGCAGAAUAAUCGGUUGCUCGUAAAUUACUUCCUUGCCUGCGGUGAUCUGUUUGUUUCAUUUUCAUCAUUUCAAUUGUUCAGAGAAAAUGUUCCAGCUUUAUCUGACAUAUUUAUGGGCUCAGCAUCUAAACAGAGAAUAACCUCUUUCUUGCCAUUGCCAAAGAAAUAAACUAGUGGUUUCAGGAGACUGAAAGACUCUUCAAGAACGUUCACUUGGGCUUGUCAGUCAGGUCAGAUUGGAGUACCAGGUUCCACGUCAGCAUGCCCAUCCGUUCGAUCUACUACUUCUGUCUUCUUUUCGUUAUCAUUUUCCUUUCAUAUGAGUUAUACCAAGUCAGUGUGAUUUCCAGCACCAAAUCCUAUGAAACAAAGAAGAGACCCAUCCAUGUUCUCAUUAUAUCUUCCUGGCGUUCUGGCUCUUCCUUCAUUGGGCAGAUCUUCAAUCACCACCCCAAUGUCUUUUAUCUCUUUGAACCUGGACAUUCAGUCUGGAUGAGAUUUAAAACACAAGGGGCCAAACUGCUUCACUACGCAGUCAGAGACCUCAUUCACUCACUUUUUACUUGUGAUGUUAGCCCUCUCCAACAGUAUGUAUCUGAAGAUAGACGGUACAUCUCCAGCAUGAAGUUCUUUGCAGAGAGUCGUGCUUUGUGCUCACCACCAUCUUGUUUGCAUCCAGUGGUUCCUGGAGGCUAUAAUCGAUCAAUAUGUUACCAACUCUGUGGGAAGUCUACCUUUGAUAAAAUGGCAGAGGCAUGUCACACAUAUAGUCACAGGAUCAUGAAGACAGUUCGAAUUCUAGACCUUACUGUUCUCCUUCCACUUUUUCGAGACCCUGAACUUGAUCUGCGAAUCAUUCAUCUUGUGAGAGACCCCAGAGCAAUAGCAUCAUCAAGGGAAUACUUUAGCCUCACUAUUGAUGAUGAAAUUCUACUUAAGGAGUAUGACAAGGCCACAGAGGGUCCAGUCAUGGCCACCAUCUGCAAUGCACAAGCAAAUAUAAGCAGAAUGGUCAAAGCAGUUGGACAAGAGAGUCGAUAUAUGCUAAUUCGGCAUGAAGAUUUGUCAAAAGAGCCAAUUGUGAAUGCCAAAAAAAUAUAUGAAUUUUCUGGCCUUGAAAUGACACCAGAUCUGGAGAGAUGGGUACAUAAUGUCACCCAUGUCCAAAAAAAAGAGAGCGGAUUCAUGUCAUUUUCUAAACAGUCUUCAAAGGUAAUUCAAAAAUGGAGAAAGACCAUGGACUUCAAAAAAAUAAAGGAGAUUGAAGAAUACUGCAAGGAAGCCAUGGAUUUGUUUGGAUACUUGCCAGUAAGUUCAAUGAGUGAUCUAAAGAACAUGAGUCGAGAUUUAGUUUUAUGACUGGCUAACCCAAUAUGGAAGAGGACUUUUUAGGUGUCAUUACGUUUAAUAUAAUCACAUUCAGAACAAUUAUUCGGCAUUAAAGGGGUUUUCCAGGCUCCUGAUAUUGAUGACCUGUCCUCAGGAUAAGUCAUCCAUAUCCAAUCGGUGAGGGUCUGACUCCUGACACCUCCAUCAAUCAACUGUUCCCUGCAGCCUCUGGCACCGGAACUAGCACUCUGAAUGGAACAAGAGGAACAGCUCUGUGUAGUGGAUGUGCUGGGUUGCUGCAGCUUAGCUCCGAUUGAAGUGGUUUCACCUAUAGGAUCAUCAAUAUCAGGAGGCGGGAAAAACCCUAUUAAGUGUUAGCCCCAAAGUCAAUUUUCUUUUAGAUAAGCAUCUAGCCCCUUUUUAAAUGCUGACAUGGCACCUGUCAUUACUAUCUCUUGGGGCUAUCUCGAGUGUGACUGCUCUAACUGUAAAGAAUCCUUUUUUGUACUGGUAUCUACAUUGACUUUCUUCCAUUUGUGAUGGAGGUUUCCAGGUACUUUGUAAUGUCCUUGGAAGAAAUAAACCCUGUGCCAGUUCUUUGUAUUAGCCACACAUAUAAAUGACAUCACUUCUAAAGCUGGGUUCAUCCUAUGCCUUGUGAACUCCAGUAGUCUGUUCUGGUGAAGGACAGACUAUCGGAGUUCACUGUAUUUAGUAUAGCCUGAUACUGCUCUGCACUGACUACUAUAAUGCAUUUAUACCGGAAAGCAGCUAGUUCCCUGUUCGGAUGCCAUUAUAGUAAAAGGGCGUGCACGGCAGAAUACAACUGUGCCGGAGCAGACUAUUAAAGUUUACAGCUCAUAUGUGAACACAGCCUAAGGCAUAAUAAGUAUGCCUGAUUUUUCAAGCGUGUCAUCCCUGCCAUUUAUUAAUCUGUUCAUUUGCCUUGGAACCUUUUCUACCGCUCCUCUAUCCUUUUUAGAAUCUGAAGUGCAAAACUAAAUUUCAUAUUCAAGAUGUAUCCUUACAAGGGAUUUAGGCCUCAUGCACACAAUAGUAUUUUUUUGCGAUCCGCAAAACGGGGUUCC